GAGUGAUUUUUGAGGCCGCGACAGUUGAUGACGUAAUCAUCAAUGGCCCGUGUUUUCUAGUGCUAAGAGCUAAAAGCAAGCUGUUUAUAUUUUUGGAGCGUUUUUCUUUUUUUAAAAAUUGUUUCAUUUUGACUACAUGCUGUAAAAUGGCUGACUACUGGAAGUCACAACCAAGGAAAUUCUGCCAGUAUUGUAAAUGCUGGAUUGCCGACAAUAAGCCCAGCAUCGAGUUCCACGAAAGAGGAAAGAAUCACAAAGAAAAUGUGGCUGCAAAAAUAUCAGAGAUCAAAAAGAAGAGCAUCGAAAAGGCAAAGCAGGAGAAGCGCAUGUGCAAACAGUUUGCAGCCAUGGAGGAAGAGAAAAACUGAACCUGAGCCUACGGAAAAAGAGGAUAAAAUCGGUGAUGAUGCUCCUAAGGAGGAAAACAAGGAGGUCAAACAAGAGGAAGAGGUCAAAGCCACAGCGGCCGAACCUGAGAAAGUAGAAGAGAAGGCGACGCCGGCACCUACGCAGCCCAAAAGACGAAGAGCUGCCAAUCCGUAUGGCGCCUGGGAAAAAAUCAAGCAAGAAAAGGACCCAUAUGCAAACGUAGACCUACAGUUGCCGCAGGUGGAGGGGAGCACGGCCAGCGCUCCAGCCGAACUCCCCCCUGAGCCCAAGCCGAAGUUCAAGGAGCGCAUCAUCACUUCGCUCGGGGAGGAAGGCGGACCCGCUUCAUUCAGGAAACCCAAAUCUCAGAACGGCAAAUCCAGGAGCCUCCGACAGAGAGACGACGACGACUAAAAGCUUCAAACUGAGACUUUAUACACAAAUAAACCAAUCUUUUUUAUGUUGAUUUGUUUAAUUCAAAUAUUUAUUUGUGAAACCUAAAUUUUAAACCCUGUUUACCCAGCAACAAUUACAUUAAGAUCAAUUAUUUGAACCAUUUUUUAAUAUUUUUCUAUACUGAAUCCACCCAAUUAAUUAGGAGCUUCAUAUUUUUCAAUUUUAGUUACAGGAAGUCCUUUAAUAAUAAAGUGGAGUACACACGUUUUCUUUAUUUCAGAUGUAUAUAUUUUUGACAGUUUUAGCCACAUCUUUCUGCAAUGUUUGUCAACUAAUAUGAAUCAUUUUAGUGAAUAAACAGUGCUUCUAGUGAUGGGAAAAAUGUUUUUUAAUGUUUGAAACUAGAACCCCCUAUGCGACUCUGUAUCAGGGUUGGCACAGGCAUGUAGGGCGUGACGUACAUUUGAGUAAAGGGCUGUAUGAAACUGAUUAAAAAACUUUAUUGGCUUUU